GGGCGGACCCAGGGGCGGGGCUGGCCGCGGCGCUGGUCCGCUCCUGCAGGGUUUGGAUUCCCUCUUGCUAGCCGCGGAGCCGAGUGCGGUUGUCUUUACAUGGCCCCGACGGGAGGAACGCAGGCUGGGGUGGCUGCCCCCCGGCGUGUGCCUUCACUGAGCCGCGAGUCCUAGGGCUCCUCUCCAACCUUGUAUCUCGCUUCCCUCCGUCCGCUUUUCCCGAGAGGAUAUGACCGAGUAGCUCCCCGCGCAAGGGCUGGGAUUUGCUUGGGAUUUUCUUCAUGGAAGCGAUGUCCCCCCAGCAGGAGACUCUGGGGGGGCAGCCAGGGCGCUCCUCUUCUCUGACUGGGGAGUCCAGGAUCGCGGGUGACACGGAGAGCAAGAAGAAAAUGAAAACGCUAGCAGAGAGGAGAAGAAGUGCUCCAUCACUUAUCCUUGACAAAGCCCUGCAGAAACGACCCAGUAGCAAGGAGAGUCCAUCUGCCAACUUGGACCCAUGUGCAUUUCUUAAUUCUUUUACGGGCUCCAGCAGGUCCCUGCUGCUUGAUGGUCGUGUUGAACUCAAAAGGGGUCUGCAGUGUCAGGAACGACAUAUCUUUCUGUUUAAUGAUUUAUUCGUUGUGACUAAGAUCAAGUAUAACAACAAUCUUAAGAUAAAAAAUAAAAUCAAAUUAAGUGAUAUGUGGACAGCAAGCUGUGUGGAUGAAGUGGGUGAAGGAAAUACCAAUACAAUGAAGUCAUUUGUUUUAGGAUGGCCUGUUGUCAACUUUGUUGCCACUUUCAGUUCUUCAGAACAAAAGGACAAGUGGCUAUCUCUUCUCCAGAGAUAUAUUGAUGAAGAGAAGGAGAAGGACCAUCCAAAGAGCAUUCCUCUUAAAAUCUUUGCAAAGGACAUUGGGAACUGUGCUUAUUCCAAAACAAUAACAAUCACGAAUUCCGAUACAGUGAAUAAAGUCAUCACCAUGGCCCUGCCAAUGCUAGGGAUAAAUGGUUUUGCAAAAGACUACCAACUGUGGGUAAAUUCUGGAAGAGAAGAAGCUCCGUAUCCACUCAUUGGUCAUGAGUAUCCUUAUGGAAUUAAAAUGAGCCACCUUCGAGACACUUCAUUCCUGAUGCUGGGAUCAAAGAGCUCCCCGUCUCCUUUAGACCUCCAGGAAUCCUUCCUCAUGGAGCAGCUGCCCCGGGAGAUGCAAUGUCAGUUUAUACUGAAGCCCAGCCGCCUGGCUGAGUGCCAGCCCCUGACUGUCUCUGGACAGAAAAUGUUUAAAAGGCGGCGAUCUAUUAUCAAUUGGGCUUUUUGGCGAGGAUCUAGCACGCAUCUGGACAACACGUCAAUGUCUCCAACAUCCCCAAUACCUGGGCAGCUCUUUGGGGUUUCACUAUCAGAAAUUUGUGAAAACGACAACCUACCCAAACCCAUUUUGGACAUGCUUUUUUGUCUGAAUCAAAAAGGACCUCUCGCGAAAGGUAUUUUCAGACUUUCUGGGAAUAUGAAAUCCUGCAAAGAGCUGAAGGAAAGACUUAACUCAGGAACUGUGGUGGACUUAGAUACUGAAUCUAUUUUUGUGACAGCAUGCGUCUUAAAGGAUUUUCUUCGAAACAUUCCAGAAAGUAUUUUUUUAUCUGAUCUCUUUGACCAAUGGGUCUCCAUUAUGGAUCAAGGAAAUGAUGAAGAGAAGAUAAACGCAGUUCAGAGGCUCAUAAACCAGCUUCCUAGAGCCAAUCUCCUUCUCCUGCGAUAUCUAUUUGGAAUGUUGCACAGCAUCGAGCAACAAUCUGCAUUCAAUCAAAUGACAGCUUUUAAUCUGGCAGUGUGCAUUGCUCCCAGCAUUCUUUGUCCUCCACCAUCUGUUAGUCCUGAGCUGGAGGGUGAGGUCACUAAAAAGGUUUCUCUGCUUGUACAGUUUCUAAUUGAAAAUUGCUGCAGGAUAUUUGGAGAAGAAAUCACUUGCCUCUUGAAAGAGAUUUCAAUCAGUGACCCAGACAAUAUCCCAGGUGUGUCUGGCCUCCAAAUGAAUGAUUCUUCUUACGACAGCUUAGAAAAUGAGCUGAAUGAGGAUGUAGAUGCUCCCUGCAGUGACCUGGUAAAGAUGGGUCAUGGCAGCCGAAGCAUGGAUUCUGUCUUAACAUUGAGUGACUGUGAUUUGGAUCAAACUGAAUCAGAAGGCAUUUUAACUCUGAGUGAUUUUGACUUGGACCAGCCUAAAAAUGAAGAAAUUCCACAGAAGCAACAUUCUAGAUCCAAGCCACUGAGCAUUCCAGUGGCAUCCUCCACUAAGGUUUCAGAACAAGACUGUUCCAAGAAUGUUUCAGCUGGCAGAAACACACUUGGUUACCUGUCCACAGCGGCAGAAGCUCUGAAAAACUGGAGGAGACGCAGGCGCUGUUCCGAGCCCACUAUAGACUAUUUGGAUUCCAAAUUCAUCUCUCUCAGGGAGUUCUAUCAGAAGAAGCUCCGCAAGUCUAGUUGUGAUGCUAUUAUCUCCCAUCGAGAUGAAGAGGGUCCUAAGCAAUCCCACCCCUCACAAGGAGGGUUUAGUUCAGUCACUCCAACUAAAGUGGAGAAGAAAAAUUCCACAAACCAAAACAUUAAGAAAAAAGGGUUUUUUAGUCAUGAAGGUACUCCAGUGAAACUUCCCUUCAAAUCCAAACCUGUGACUAUUUCAUUGGCAUCCUAUAGUAAUAGUUCCUUGCUGGAUCAUUCUAAGAGCCAAACCCUCGGACCUGAUCACUCAAACACCGUACUUGGACUCAAAAGUCUGCAAAAGCACAGGCGCUGCUCAGAGCCAAACAUAGACUACCUAGGCUGCAAGCUCACCUAUCCCAGUGGGGUUUCUCCAAAGAAUAUAGAAAAGACAAGCUGUGAUGUUGGCUUCUGUCUCGGAGAUGAAGAUUAUCUCAAACGCCACCAGUCUUUGCAAGUAGAAGGUCAAAAACUGAUUAAUCAGAGUUUGAUUAUGGGAAUCGAAGUGGGUAAGAGUAAUACCUCAAACCAAAAUGAAGAAAAGAUGUCACCUGUUAUUCCACCACGGUUAAACAUUUGCUCAAGAACUAGUUUUUCUAGUUUGUCAUCACCAGGCACAUCGCCAUCUGGUUCUUCUGUAAGUUCCGAAGAUAGCGCUUUUUCCCAGAUUUCUGAGAACUCAGUCUUUAUUCCCACAGAAAACUCUUCUCCAGUUGAUUGCACUUUUUCAGCCCUAAGGAAAGAGGGGGAGCUCUCUCGUGACUUCAGCAGUCAUUUUUCUGAGAUACUCGACACUUCCCCAGCAUCGACCAGCAGCCACCCACUUUGUGUUAAAAAAGACAAUGCAAAGUGGUCUUCUCAAAUGCAGUCUUUAACUCUUCAACCAGGUACGUGGUUAAGGAGUGGAGUGGCCACUUUGAAAAACUGGUCCCUCAAAAAGAAGACAAGGGACUCUAGCCAAGAGAAAAAGAAAACAAAUUCCAUAAGCGGAGCAUUGGAGCAGCCAUCAUCUUCAUUUCAAAUCUCAGACGCUACUCUGCUUGAAGGGAGACAGGUGGAUACUCCCCUGAGAAACUCCAACUUAGUCAGUGCUGCCGAAACUGAGGACCAAUGUAGUAAUCCCUAUGGAUGCCAGAACACUGAGGACCAGGAUAACACUGUGCUGACUAGAGUGGAUAACAGCCUUACCUACCUUAUGAAUCUAACCAAGGAAGAUGAGGAUGACAGGGAGUGUUCUUCUGGUGCUCAACCCCCUGAGAAUCCCUCACUCAGAUGCUCUUUGACCAUUGGGAGCACAGAUGACUCAACCUCUGAUGAUGAAAGUCCAGAAACUCUUCUGGCUUUUUUUAGGGAUGAACUGGGACAUAGUACCAAAAACAUUUAACCAAAGUAAGACUGUGAUAUACAAUGGAAUGGCUGGUUCAUUAACUUAAAAGAUAAUAGGUGCAGAUUCUUUAAAUAUAUUUAGUUGCAUGUUAUAGGUUGCCUAAGGACAACCAUAAUUUACUUUUAGUGUAAUAAAAUGUUUUUCUUUGAAAUACAUUAAAAGUCCUUUGUAGAGGAAGGAGAGGAAAUGUAUUUUUCCUCUGGGUUCUAAAAUUGAGUCUCUGGGGUAUUUGGAUGGCUCUUCUCUUUUAUAAUCAGUGAGUUGGGUUCCUAUUUAUGUGCAUUCUGAUUAUAAAGGAAGAAACAUUUUCUGUUGAAGGGAAUCUUAUGUUCACAGCUUGUGACCAGCAACCCAAGACUUAGAUCAAGGAGCAGCAAAUUAAGCCAGAUGGGAACCAGGAGCCAGAAAUUAUCCCUAUUCAAUGAGGUGUUUAUAUUAAGUGUGCAGAGAUAGCUGAAAUUGAAAAUCCAAGGGAAUAAGCAUAGUUCCACAUAGGUAACAGUCAAGAUCUCUGAUCAUUGUCUUUGACUGUUGGAGUCAUGGCAUGUCUAGCUAGAAGAAACUCUCUACCUGGUUAAAUUUCUUUUUAUAAAUGAGACAGAGACCCAGAGAGGUUGGUUAAAUGGGACUUAACCAUGUCACAUGGAUAAUAAAUGGCAGAGCCAAGUGUUGAACCCCCACCUUCCCUUUGAAAGGGAAAAGAAAUGUAUAUAAAUGACAUCCCCCUAAAAAGUACAUAAAUGUAGGAUGUAAAGAUAUUUACUGUGAAAGUACUUUUUAAAAUAUUUUCCAUUUGGGUAAGGUGUUUUUACUUAUUUUUACUAUUGCUGCUCUCAUCCUCUUAGUCACUUUCAUUAUUCUCUUAUGGAAAACACAAUUCCAGGUUGCACUCAGGUUUUGUGCAAGUUAGAUUUGGAAGAAGAGUAUUUUGAUAAUUCACAGAGGCCCCAAAAGCCAGAGCUGUGAGAAGAAAGAUGGUUACAGAUCAAUUCCCAUAGGUUCUUCCUCAGUCAGAUUAUCAAGUAGAAUUCCUUUCUUCCUGACCUUGUGUCCAUCUCCCCAACAAAGCACUUUGUUUAAAUCUCUUGUGCUAUUCAUAUCAUCCUAUGGUGUACUAGUGAGUCCUAUGCACUUCUCCCUGUACCUGAAUUGUCAGUUCCUCAAGAACUGGGAUAGGAUCUUCAUUGUAGCCUCCCAGCAAGGUUAGUGACUUGCACAUAGUAGGUUCCUGAUCAACAUUUAUUUAAUCAAAUGGGUAUCUUAUCCUUUGUAAUUCAAAAGUGAUACCACUCAUGGAGUCUGGCUGAACCAAUACCUAAGGCUGAUGUAUGGCUGAGAUCCUGCUCACCUUGCACACGUGGUCUUGUUUGUUCAGAGUGCUGAAGAUGUUGUUCCUUGGAAUUCUGACAUUUCUCUUCCCAAAUUGUCCAAAGCCUUUGUUCUAAAAGAGCUGUCACAUUCCAAUUGCUGCUUUUAGGGGUAUCUGGGGAUACUGAAAGCAAAGAUGAGAAGGUUAGAGGAAAUAGAACGAACACCUACAUAGGUAAUGGAAAGAAAGACACAUCCUGUUUUCAGAGAGUCCCAUUGUGUGUCUGCCUUUCUGAUUGCCAAGACUUUUUCUGCAUCCUUACCACCUCAAAUUUAUGGAAAGUGAAAGUUUGGGUCUUCAUUAUUUGAAACCUAGCUCCCCACUGCAUUUUUGGACAUGACUUCCCCCAGAAUAAUCAGUUGCAAUUCUCCUCAGCUGGCAACCCCAAUACCUAGUUUUGUUAUUCAACAUGAAUCUUUACUCCCCCCAAAUUUUUUAGCCUUUGAAACUCAAUCUAAAGUGGAAGCACUUCUUUAAUUUUCUACAAGGUUCAACUCUUCAACUUUAUAAUGUGUCCUUUCCACUGACAGUCUCUCUGGUCAGGCACAUCUCAAUCCCUAUCCAUGAAAAAUUGCCCUGAACUUUUUUUUUGUCACUUUGUUCCACCAGCAAAAGAGCUCUUUGCCCAAGAACUGGCCAUUUUCCAUGAUCUUCCUCCAUUCAGAUACUGGAAAAUUCUGAAAGCAAUCACCUCUUCUGUUAUUUGCUAUCAGACAUAUUCUCUUACCCAGACAGCAUUUUUCAAUGGCAGAAUAGUUUUCUCCAAGACAACAAAAGUCCUUUACUAUUUAUUAGUUGUAAGUGCUACUUAAUUCUGUUCAUUUCAUUGAGCAAAUAUUUGUUAAUAUACAGCCAGAUGCUCUAUUCCAGGAUAGGGAUUACAAGUAUAGAAAGCAUCUCUUCCCUCAAAGUUCCUGCUUUUCUACUUAAAGUAUGUGACCAUGUCAUUGCCCACAAAACCUUGAUUCCCUGCCAUCAAUGAGCAUAAUCUCCAAAGUUGACUUCUUCAAACUUGGAAAGUUUCCAUUCACUGGCCAUUUCAGUCAAAGAUAGGAUGCCAAUUCUGCCCUAGGACCACUUAUAUUAAGCCUCAUAAGUAUCUAUGUGUGUCUCUUGUGGUGUAGUUAUUAGGAUAUCUGUGAAAUUAUUAGAGGCUUCUAUUGACAUAAGGAAAUGCUGCUGUCAAAGCUGUGGAUGGAAAUGUUGUGAUUGUGGCUUGUAAUAUCCUCUUGAAAAGAAAUUGCUCUCUGUUUAUAAAAAUUUUGGUUCCACAGUUUUAAUCUUUUCCAUUUAUUUCAUAACAGAAAUAAACCCAACAACCCAAUUUAAACUAUAGAAGGAAAUACUGUUCCUAUAACCAAGUCUCAUCAGUAACCAUUCCUACUGGGUAGAAAUCAUCUGUUGUUCUCCCUUAGCUGUUCUCCCUUAGCUAUUCUCUUGAUGUUUAAAUGUGAAUAGUUUGUUAAUAUGGCUGUAAAGUGUCCUAUUGUAUGAUUUGCAGGCAGAACACACGUCAUUUUACUAUACUGUCAUCUUAUAAUAUAUUAAACUGAUGCUUUAUCUAAGA